AGCAGAACGCAAAGAUCAGCAGGCCCAAAGUGCAAGAUCCACACAAGCAGGGAACUCCACACCCCCUCCCUGCCCCAGCACAGACUCCACUCCACUAUCCAACACAUUCUGAACACAGCCACGGUCUCUUCUCCUGCUCUCCACAUCUCUGCUCUGCGGGUGUGAGUCUGUCUGUUCUCCUCCUCUCUGCUCUGCGGGUGUGAGUCUGUCUGCUGUCCACCUCUCUGCUCUGCGGGUGUGAGUCUGUCUGCUGUCCACCUCUCUGCUCUGCGGGUGUGAGUCUGUCUGCUGUCCACCUCUCUGCUCUGCGGGUGUGAGUCUGUCUGCUGUCCACCUCUCUGCUCUGCGGGUGUGAGUCUGUUGUUGUCCACCGUUCUGCUCUGCGGGUGUGAGUCUGUCCAGCUCAAGCCCCAUGGACUCCUUCGAGGGGCUGCACUCUGUCACGCUCUCCCCCGGCUCCCUGUCUCCCCGGACCAGCCUGGAUUAUGAGAUUCUCAUCACUGGGGAAACACAGGUCUACUCCUCCCCAGCCCUGUUCUGCGGGAUUCGAUACCAGCCCCCCCACGCUGGCGCCAGUCACCAGGGGUACCCUGAAAUCAGCGCAAGGUGCAAGGAAGAGGUCCCCGACAACUAUGACAGUCCCUUGGAUCUGGAGGCGGGGUCCUGGAGCGUGUCCAAUCGGAGUGCGGGGAUCGAGCAGGCUGUUCCAAUGCCACUGGGAGCCGAGGGGGGUCCGGAGGGUCCUGAGAGUGAGGAGAGCGCGCGGGCGCGAUACAACGUGGCCCGCCUGCGCAGCUCCUCCGUGGAGAUCCGGGAGAAGGGAUCGGAGAUCCUGAAAGAGGAGCUGCACAAAGCACAGAAAGAGCUGAAGCUGAAGGAUGAGGAGUGUGAGCGCCUGUCCCGGGUUCGAGAGCAGCUGGAGGAGGAGCUGGAGGAGCUGACUGCCAGCCUGUUUGAGGAGGCUCACAAGAUGGUUCGGGAGGCGAACACGAAGCAGGCGGUGGCUGAGAAGCAGCUGAGAGAAGCGCAGGGGAAGAUUGACGUUCUCCUGGCUGAAGUCUGCGCUCUCAAGACGCUGGUCCUCACCUCCACCCCCUCCUCCCCGAACAGGGAGAUGCAUCCCCAGCUGCUCAGCCCCCCCAAGUCCGUCUUCAAGAAGGGCCACACCCGCAACAAGAGCGCCAGCAGCGCCGUCGCCACGGCAACGCCCCUGCCGGGCUCCGCCACGCAGCUAAUCAGCAGGGACAGCAAGGAGCCUGCAGUCCCUGCUCUCCUGUCUCUGAUCCUGUGUAUAGUGCCGGGUAGGGCAGUCCAUGUGACCUAUGAACCCUGCUGGCAGGACGAGGGGGCGGGGUCUGUGUCCUACCUUCGCCAGGUGGACUCUGUCCUGUUCUCAGAGUUCCUGUCCUGGAGGGUGGAGCCGAGCCUUGAGCCGGAAAGCCCCUUCCUGCAGAGAGUCUACAGGGAGGACAUCGGACCCUGCCUGGCCUUCGCUAAGAGAGAGCUCUCCCAGUCUGUCCAGGCUGCAGUGGAGAGUAACACUCUGAGUAUUGAACCAGCUGCAGUCCAGGCCUUGCCCAUGGUGAAAGCCUCAGCCAUCGAGUGUGGAGGCCCCAAUGGGUGGCGGGCUCAUGUGGUGACGAAGUGUGCUCUGAGUGGAAUGUCGCGGGCCUGCAAGCACCGAAUCAAACUGGGAGACUCUGGGAGCCAUUAUUACAUCUCCCCAUGCAGCCGAGCCCGGAUCACUGCUGUGUGUAACUUCUUCACCUAUAUCCGUUACAUCCAGCAGGGGCUAGUCCGGCAGGAAGAUGAGCAGAUGUACUGGGAGGUGAUGAGACUCAGGAAGGAGAUGUCCAUGGCGAAACUGGGCUUCUUCAGAGAAGAUGAGGUGUAGAGACAGAGAGAGGGGGGCGCACAGAAGAGGAGAUGGGUUCACCUCCAGGAUGGAAAGUGAAGGUGGGGGAAUUACGAAUGAAGAAAAAAAGAAAAGUGAUUUGAAAUAUUGAAGACAAACUGGAAAAGAAAAACUUCUUUUUUUUUACUUUUUUUUUUUUUAAGCACAAUGUCCUCCUGACCCUCACACACCCCCCUGACCUUCACACAACCCACCCUGACCCUCACUCACACACACACACACACACCCUGACCUUCACACACACACACACACACACCCCCCCACCCACCCUGACCCUCACACACACACACACCCCCACCCUGACCCUCACACACACACACACACACACACACACACACACACACACCCCCCUGACCCUCACACACACACACCCUUGACCCUCACACACACACGCACACCCCCUGACCUUCACACACACACACCCCAACCUUCAAACACACACACACCCCCUGACCUUCACACACCCCCCGGACCUUCACACACACACAUACACCCCUGACCCUCACACACAUACACCCCUGACCCUCACACACACACACUCCUGACUCACAUCCCCUGACCCUCUCACACACACACACAACCCUGACCCUCACCCUCACUGCUAGCUGAUCGGUUUAUGAUUCUGCUCCAAGAUUAGUACAGCUGUGAAGGUGGGGACUGAAAACCAAUUCUGCAGUAAUAGCUGGAACAGCUUCCUGAAGACUUCAAGACUCUCGUGAAUCUCGCUGACUGGCUUUGACAUCAUGCUUCAUACAGAAGUAGAAGUACAUGCUGACAAAUACACUGAGACACAGACACACUCUCAACCACACUGACACACAGACACCUAGACUCUCGCACACUCUGCGUCUGGCUCACACUGUAUUUCAGAAGCAGGCAGUCAGACCCCAGGCUGUCAUGAAGGGGAGAUGGAUUUUUACAGUAUUGCAUGAACAAAUACUCUAAUAUAUAAAGAUAUCUAUGCAUCCAGUCCUUGACAAUGUUUUAUAUGGCGAUCAUCUUAUUUUAAAACUUUUUUUUAGUCAAUGGCACCAUGUUUGGUGCUGCCAGUGCUUCCACACUGCAGCCCAGCUCUCUAACCACUGAGCUACUCAAACCCGCUGCCUUCCACACUGCAGCCCAGCUCUCUAACCACUGAGCUCCUCAAACCCACUGCCUUCCACACUGCAGCCCAGCUCUCUAACCACUGAGCUACUGAAACCCACUGUCUUCCACACUGCAGUGUGCCCAGUGUGCCUUCCACACUGCAGCCCAGCUGUCUAACCACUGAGCUACUCAAACCCACUGUCUUCCACACUGCAGCCCAGCUCUCUAACCACUGAGCUACUCAAACCCACUGCCUUCCACACUGCAGCCCAGCUCUCUAACCACUGAGCUACUCAAACCCGCUGCCUUCCACACUGCAGCCCAGCGCUUUCUUUAUCUAACCACUGAGCUCCUCAAACCCGCUGCCUUCCACACUGCAGCCCAGCGCUUUCUUUAUCUAACCACUGAGCUCCUCAAACCCCCUGCCUUCCACACUGCAGCCCUGCGCUUUCUUUAUCUAACCACUGAGCUCCUCAAACCCGCUGCCUUCCACACAGCACAUUACUAGUUGUUUUUUAAGCAAGGUUAAGCAAUAACUCUCUCUGGAGUCCUGGUGGUGCCGCUGUUAUAUACUCUCAGUAUAUGACUUUAUUCUGUAAUCUAUAGGAAACAACAGUAUUUAAAAAUAAAAAAAAAUCUAUUAACUAACAUAAAAUAUACAAUUAUACAAA